CCGACACCCCUCAGGAUUCCCGGGCGGAGCUGCCCUGGAAAGCGCCUGGGAUCUUCCAGUCUCUUGCUAGAACGUGCACCGCUGUGUGAGCUGGAGAAGAAACAUGAAGGUCAGCUGGCCAGGUGACAACCACUGGCAGGUGGGUCCAGCUGUGGUGGAGAGUCCAGCUGUGGGAGAACCGCAGGUGGGAAUUCUCCCUGACGUGGUUCCAGAGGGCACGUUGCUCAACAUGGUGCUGAAGAGAAUGCACCGUCCUCGGUGCUGCUCUUACCAGCUGGUGUUCGAGCAUAGGAGGCCCAGCUGCAUUCAGGGACUUCGCUGGACACCACUUACCAACAGUGAGGAGUCCCUGGACUUCAGUGUGAGUCUGGAGCAGGCCACCACAGAGCGUGUGCUCAAGGCAGGGAAGCUGCUGCAUCGCCAUCUCCUGGCCACCUACCCUACUCUCAUCCGAGACAGAAAAUACCAUCUCCGACUAUAUCGGCAAUGCUGCUCUGGCCGGGAGCUGGUGGAUGGGAUCUUGGCUCUGGGGCUUGGCGUCCAUUCACGGAGCCAAGCCGUGGGCAUCUGCCAGGUGUUGCUGGAUGAGGGUGCCCUUUGCCAUGUGAAACAUGACUGGACCUUCCAGGACCGAGAUGCCCAAUUCUAUAGGUUCCCCGGACCAGAGCCAGAGCCUGCAGGAACUCGUGACGUUGAGGAGGAGCUUGUUGAGGCAAUGGCUCUACUCUCACAGCGAGGGCCUGAUGCCUUACUCACCGUGGCGCUCCGGAAGCCCCCAGGUCAGCGGACAGACGAAGAACUGGACCUGAUCUUCGAGGAGCUGCUGCACAUCAAGGCGGUGGCCCACCUCUCCAACUCUGUGAAGCGAGAAUUAGCUGCUGUUCUGCUCUUUGAACCACACAGCAAGGCAGGGACUGUGUUGUUUAGCCAGGGGGACAAGGGCACCUCAUGGUACAUUAUCUGGAAGGGAUCUGUCAACGUGGUGACCCAUGGCAAGGGGCUGGUGACCACAUUGCAUGAGGGAGAUGACUUUGGACAGCUGGCUCUGGUAAAUGAUGCCCCUCGGGCAGCCACCAUCAUCCUUCGAGAGAAUAACUGUCACUUCCUGCGUGUGGACAAGCAAGACUUCAACCGCAUCAUCAAGGACGUGGAAGCCAAAACCAUGAGGCUGGAAGAACACGGCAGAGUUGUGUUGGUUCUGGAGAGGUGCUCUCAGGGCACUGGCCCUUCCCGUCCCCCAACCCCAGGCAGGAACAGGUAUACAGUAAUAUCUGGCACCCCAGAGAAGAUCCUAGAACUCCUGUUGGAAGCUAUGCGACCAGAUUCCAGUGCUCAUGACCCAACAGAGACAUUCCUCAGUGACUUCCUGCUGACCCACAGUGUCUUCAUGCCCAGCACCCAGCUCUUCACUGCCCUCCUGCAUCACUUCCAUGUGGAGCCAGCAGAGCCUGCUGGAGGCAGCGAGCAGGAGCGAAGCACCUAUAUCUGCAACAAGAGGCAGCAGAUUCUGCGGCUAGUCAGCCGGUGGGUGGCCCUGUAUGGCCCCAUGCUCCACUCAGACCCCGUGGCCACCAGCUUCCUCCAGAAACUCUCAGACCUGGUGAGCAGGGAUGCCCGACUUAGCAACUUGUUGAAGGAACAGUGGCCAGAGAGGCGGCGGCACCACAGGCUGGAGAAUGGCUGUGGGAAUGCAUCUCCUCAGACCAAGGCCCGGAAUGCACCCGUUUGGCUCCCUAGCCAGGAGGAGUCCCUCCCAAGCAGCACUGGUGCCAUCAGAGUUGGGGACAAAGUUCCCUACGACAUCUGCAGACCUGACCACUCGGUGCUGACCCUACAGCUGCCUGUGACAGCCUCUGUGAGAGAGGUGAUGGCAGCUCUGGCCCAUGAGGAUCACUGGACCAAGGGACAGGUUCUGGUGAAGGUCAAUUCUGCAGGCGAUGUUGUUGGCCUGCAGCCAGAUGCCCGCGGUGUGGCCACAUCCCUGGGGCUCAACGAGCGGCUCUUUGUUGUUGACCCACAGGAAGUGCAUGAACUGACCCCACACCCUGAGCAGCUGGGACCCACUCUGGGUUCUUCUGACAUGCUCGAGCUAGUGAGCGCCAAGGACCUGGCAGGCCAGCUGACAGACCACGACUGGAACCUCUUCAAUAGGAUCCACCAGGUGCAGCAGGUGGAGCUGAUCCAUUAUGUCCUGGGCCCCCAGCACCUGCGCGAUGUCACCACUGCAAACCUGGAGCGCUUCAUGCGCCGCUUCAACGAGCUGCAGUACUGGGUGGCCACUGAGCUCUGUCUGUGCUCGGUUCCCGGCCCCAGGGCUCAGCUGCUCCGGAAGUUCAUCAAGCUGGCAGCCCACCUCAAGGAGCAGAAGAAUCUCAACUCCUUCUUUGCGGUCAUGUUUGGCCUCAGCAACUCUGCCAUCAGCCGCCUGGCCCACACCUGGGAGCGUCUACCCCAUAAAGUACGGAAGCUGUACUCUGCCUUGGAGAGGCUGCUGGACCCCUCAUGGAACCACCGAGUGUAUCGACUAGCACUCACCAAACUCUCCCCUCCUGUCAUCCCCUUCAUGCCCCUGCUACUCAAAGACAUGACCUUCAUCCACGAGGGAAACCACACGCUCGUAGAGAACCUCAUCAACUUUGAGAAGAUGCGAAUGAUGGCCAGAGCCAUGCGAAUGCUCCACCACUGCCGGAGUCACAGCAUUGUGCCUCUGUCACCACUCAGAAGCCGAGUGUCCCACAUCCACGAGGACAGCCAGGCAUCAAGGAUUUCCACAUGCUCUGAGCAGUCCCUGAGCACCCGGAGUCCAGCUAGCACCUGGGCCUAUGUCCAGCAGCUGAAGGUCAUCGACAACCAGCGGGAACUGUCCCGCCUCUCCCGGGAGCUGGAGCCGUGAGGAGGGACUGGGCGGAGCAGGCACUUCUCUCAGAGAAAGCCAGAGCCUGUGGGGCCCAAGAGGUUCAGAGGCCAGCCACAGCUGGGCAGGGCUCUCCGUGGAGAGGACUCAAGGCCCUGGAGUGGGCAGUGUAGAGGCAGCUGUCCCCUGUGAUGACUGUUGGCUAAGGAGACCUUUGAUGUGGAACUGAGCCGGCCACAAGGCCAAGGAAAAGGGGACAUGGAGGCCCAGGAGUGUGUAGGAGAGCUAGGAGGUACAGGACUCCGAGGCUCAACAGAGAGCUCUUUCUCCCAGGCUUUUUGCACCAUCUGCACCAGCUGUGCCGCCCCAUGGUCGCCAGGCCCUUGUUUUUCAUAGGGGUCAGAGAGCUCACAUCUGAACGAUGUGAGUGCACAGGGUGGGGCCUUGCCUGGGAAAGGGUGGGGAGCUCUGCGUUUCUCUCCACACAUCUGAGAUAAGCAGCUGGGUGUAGGCAGGGCUGUUGCCUAGAGUGGUGGUCCCUGUGGCGCUACAUUGUUCCCAUAAAUUAACAAAGAUAUGUGUGUUCUACA